AUGAGGCCGCUGCCGAGGUUACACACGUGGAAACCACCUGCACGGCACGAGCAGCUGGACGAGGUGCUGCUGAAGCUUUGUGAAGCUGCUGGCAUUUCUGGCGACCUGGAGGUCGUUCUGCCAGAGGCGACUCGCUCGAAGGAGCGGCUGCAUCAAGUGGUCAGAGCCUUUGCGCAGCAAGGCGGCGGUUUGGCGUCCAAGCUGCUGCUGAGCGUCCACGAGGGGCGGCAGCUCAAGCUGGGUGGCACGAGCUUCGCCGUGGGCGUCUCUGCGCUGAGCCGGAACCGCCAAUGGGAAGAGGCCUUGCAACUCUUUGAGAACAUGCCCUUGUUGAAGGUGAAGCCAGAAAUCAUCAGCUACAAUGCAGCCAUCAGUGCAUUACAGAAGGGUGGGCAGUAUACUCAAGCUGUGAAACUCUUUGAACAAAUGCCGUCUGCAAGCAUCAAGCCCAAUGUCAUCAGCUACAAUGCCACCAUCAGCGCUUGCGAAAAGUGGGGCAAUUGGCAAGAAGCAGCGAGGUUGUUUACAGCAAUGCCGGAAGCAAAGAUUAUUCCCAACAAUAUUAGCUACAAUUCAACAAUCAGUGCAUAUGAAAAGGGCUGGCAAUGGGAGCAUGCACUGGAGUUGCUUGAGGACAUGACCAGGGCAACCAUUCCACCAAAUAUCAUAAGCUAUAGCGCGGCCAUCAGUGCUUGUGAGAAGCUUGGGCAAUGGCAACAAGCAUUGAAGCUGUUCGAAGCGAUGGGCGAAGCAAGUAUUCAGCCCGAGGUGAUUUGCUACAAUUCAACCAUCAGUGCCUGCGAAAAGGGCAAGGAAUGGCGAGCUGCCUUGGAAUUAUUGGAAUCUAUGCACAGUCAGAGGGUUGAGCCAGACGUGAUCAGUUACAGUGCCGCCAUUAGUGCUUGUGAGAAGGGUGAGGAGUCCCAGAAAGCAUUGCAGUUGUUUGAAGCCAUGCUUCACGCCAAAAUUCCACCAAAUGCCUUCAGUUUCAGUGCGACCAUCAGUGCCUGUGAGAAGGGUUCACAAUGGCAGCAGGCCUUAUCGUUGUUUGAGGAGAUGCCCCAUGUGAACGUGAAGCCCGAGGUGGUCAGUUUCAGUGCAACGAUCAGUGCCUGUGAGAAGGGUGGGCAAUGGCAGCAAGCCUUGAAGUUGCUUGAAUCCAUGCCCAGGGCCAAAGUGAAACCCAAUGUCAUCACUUACAGUUCAACCAUCAGUGCAUGUGCAAAGCUUGGACAAUGGCAACAAGCGUUGAAAUUGUUCGAAGAGAUGCCUGCAGCAGAGAUCUUGCCCAAUGCUUAUAGUUUUCAAGCAGCAAUCACUGCAUGCCACACUGGAGGGCAGCCUCAAAGGGGCUUGAUGCUCUUUCGGGCCAUGGAACGCGCAAAGAUUCAACCCAACGUGCUGAGCUACAAUGCUGUGAUCAGUGCCUGUGAGAAGAGCCGAGACCAUGAGACUGCCAUGAUGUUAUUCGAGAACAUGCCGAAAGCACAAGUGCAGCCUGACAUCAUCAGUGACAACGCCGCGAUCAGUUCUUGUGAGAAGGCUGGAGAAUGGCAGGAGGCCUUGGUGUUGCUGGAAGGUAUGUCUGAAAAGCAGACGAAACCGAAUGUGAUUAGCUUUAAUGCAGCCAUUGGCGCCUGUAAGCAGGGCGAGGCAUGGGAACACGCCCUGAAGUUGUUUGACACGAUGGAUGCUGACGGCACCGAGAGGGAUCAGACGACCUACAACGAGCUCUUGGAUAGUUUGUGGAUCCACGACGAAGAGCUGGGGUACCAGAUCUUCCUCUCCUGCCCGCUACCACAGUAUCAGCACUUGCGGGCCGCUGACGCCUCCUACAUCGAUCUCCAUCGACUCUCCGAGGGCUCCGCCUGCCUGGCCUUGCGCCACUGGUUGUCCACCACGGUGGCCAAGCAACUGGAGCGGCCUCCCCCGCCGCCUGGCGGUCGCAGCGGUCGGGAGCAGAUGACCUGCAUUGUGGUGACCGGUCAAGGCAAGUCCCGAAACUACUGGCAGCGCUCAGACGUGCGGGGCGCUGCGAUGGACCUGUUGUUGGAUCUUGGGCUCCAUUGCACCCUGCUGCCACGGAAUCCCGGACGCCUGCGACUGCUCUUGACGCCCAGCGACCUGCCACGGCUCACGGUUCUGCUGGCUGCUUUGGCGGAGUUGGAGUGCCUCAAGCCCCAUGGCCACCACGAACACCGCGCAGCACCGGGGACAUUAGGUGAGGAUGGAGAGGGCCAGCCAGCCGCUCCUGAGGGCGAGCCGGAGGCGGAGGGCAAGGCUACGGAGCCGGAGCCUGCGGCUGGUGGCGCAGAGAUGAAGGAGGAAAAGGAGGGCACCACGAAGGUCCCGUUGUCCGACGCCUCAGACGAAGAGAAGAAAGAGGCGCCGGACGAGGAGGAGAAGGCCUCCGAGGAGGAGAACUUCGACAAGGCCACGGAAAUGGCUGGCCUCCAAAAGUUCAAACUCAAGGGGAAGUUGAGAUCAGCACAAAGCGAGGAUGCAGAAAGCGCUAGUCCGCGCUGCGAUCGAGACGACGCCGCCAAAGCUCCACCGCCCGACCGGGGCCCCUUUCGCCGGCGCGACGCGCCCGGGCGACCAGGGCGCGGAAAGGUCCUGGACCGUUCGCGGCGGCGGAUGGACGAUCGGGAGCUGAUGCGCUUGGCGCGGUCCGUGGACGACGAGGCAGGUCCGUGUCACACGCGAGGUCCGUGGGUGCGGGAGAAGAUACACUUCUUGGGAUAG